UUGCGCACUUCCCCUCGUCGCUUGGCUAACUUUGCUAGCUAAACAAACAUGGCUCUGCUACAUUACCACGCAUCAGACUUUAACGAUACGUAGAAAAAUACGUAGAAGAGAUCAAGAUGUACUUGAUUUAAAAGUUGCAAAUGGAGCGUUGCCGUGAUCCUCGGUGGGUCGGUUGUUUGCUGUAGUUUUCUCCUGCGCGUGUUUACACCUAGUUAGCCCUGCGGCUGGCUAAUGGAAGCUAGCGACCAUGGACCUUGGAGCAAUGUUGUACAAUAACUUAAAAGAAGUCACUUGGAGCACGACGUCGUUGCCGCUGGACCACAUCGUCAGCUCGUACAGGUUACCUCAGAUCGUCAAGCUCGAUAGUGGUCAGCUGGUUGAAGGGCUCAGAGAACACGACUACCUCCUGAUUCAUUCCUGCCGUCAAUGGACAACCAUUACAGCUCACAGUCUGGAGGAGGGACACUACGUGAUCGGACCCAAGAUUGAAAUCCCAGUCCAUUAUGAAGGUCAGUUUAAGCUGCUUGAGCAGGACAGGGAUGUCAAAGAGCCGGUGCAAUACUACAACAGCGUGGAGGAGGUGGCCAAAGCCUUUCCUGAAAGAGUGUAUGUCAUGGAGGAGAUCACGUUUAACGUGAAGGUGGCUUCAGGUGAAUGCAACGAAGACACAGAGGUCUACAAUAUUACACUCAGUACCGGUGAUGAACUGACUUUGAUGGGUCAGGCGGAGAUCCUCUACGCCAAGACGUCCAAAGAGAAAUCCAGAUUUAACAACAUCUUCAAAAAGAUCGGGAAGCUGAACUCCAUCAGUAAAAUCGGCCGAGGCAAGAUGCCGUGUUUGAUCUGCAUGAACCACCGCACCAACGAGAGCAUUAGCCUGCCCUUCCAGUGCAAAGGCCGCUUCAGCACCUGCAGCCCGCUGGAGCUUCAGAUGCAGGACGGCGAGCACACCAUCAGGAACAUUGUGGAAAAGACCCGUCUGCCGGUUAAUGUCACAGUUCCCAGCAGCCCACCCCGCAACCAACACGACCUUCACCUCAUCCGAGAGGGUCACCGCUACAAACUGGUCAACGUUCAGACCAAGACGGUGGUGGUCUGCUGCGUCCUUCGAAGCAACAAAAUAAUUCCCAUCCAUUUUCCCUUCCACACGGCCAUGCCCCGCUUCAUCAUCCCAGAAGAGCUGCUGCAGGGGGAGCUCUGGUUGGACACCAUGGUGCACCGCUGGUUCUCCUUCUGCCAGGAGCAGUUUGACAUUGACAACUAUUCUCGUGCCGUGAGAGAUGUGCGUAACGACUGGGCAGAUGAGGAGAAGAGCCCCAAAAAAAGCAGCAGCAAUAGGAGCUGCAGUGGAAGCAGCGGUGGCAGCAGCACCUCCAACGGUUGUCCUAACAGCGUGCAGAUUCCCAGCUCUUUGACCUACGCCAGAGAUGAGCUGACCCAGUCUUUCCACAGGCUUUCUGUCUGCGUUUACGGCAACAACCUGCAUGGCAACAGCGAGGUAAACCUGCAGGGGUGCAUGGCUCUCUGCGGUGACUGGACGCUGCUGCCCUCGGACAGCAUUCCCUCAGAGUCUGGAGAAAAUGAACACUUCUUCCCAGAGUUACUGGAUUACUCGAAACAGAAACCGUCUCUCAGCAAGUCUGACGUUCCUUAUGAGGAGCUGUGGCUGGAUCACUUCAGGGGUCACGUGCCUAAAUCUUCUCUACCAGAAGGCAUUCGAGGCCUCAACAAUGGCUGUGCGUCAACAGCAGCUCUAUCGUAUCCUGUCACAUGCCCGAUCAGUUCCAUUACACUUGCUGACGUGACUCUCACUCCUCCUCCCGUCCCUCCCAAAUCUGAAGCUGUGAAGGAGGAAUGUCGCCUGUUGAAUGCUCCUCCGAUUCCUCCGAGGAGCUCCAAACAAAUGCCAGUAGUCCCUAUUCUGUCCAAGCCACGGCAACAGGAGACCCGGUCUCCCAGUCCAACCCUCUCCUACUACUCCUCUGGACUCCACAAUAUCAGUGGAGCGUGUGAACAAGAGGCAGCCGAGCCACCGGAAUUAAAAAGUAAUGUGUGCUACCCCUGUAGCUGGCCCAACUCCAGCGCCUGCGAGCCGCCCUCCACCUCACCCAGUGGCAGUCUGCCUUCAAACAUGUCAUCCCGCUUGUCUUGGCCCAAUAAUUUCAGUCGCGCUGAAUCUCAAGGAGCUGAGGAGUUUGUGUCAUCCAGCUGCAGAAGUUACUACAGCUACCCCAGGAAAAGGUCCCCCAGCACUUCAAAGACCUGCACGUCCAGCCUGGUGGACUUCGACGGCCGGGAGCACACACACGGCACUCGAGAGCUUGGGUUUGAGAAAACAUGUCUGGAUCAAUUCAGCACAAAAUCGUCCAGUUAUAACGCUGAGAUGCACAAGGACAAACCCAUAGAGGAGUCCAACUCUAAGCAGAGCCUCUCCUGCCCGAUCUUGCCACCAAGAACACUCAAGCUAAAUUCCAUUAAGAAGUGCACAGAGCUUCUUGCUGCACCUGUUUCAGACAGUCAACAGGACCCAAACUUCAGGACACAACCAGAGCAAAACACCUCAGAGUCCAACUCCACCUGUGAGUUCUUAUUACCUCUUAGCUGCCCAGAGUGGCAGCCACCGUCCAGCCUAGCUGGUCUGUCCAUUGAGGAGGUGUCCAGGUCCCUGAGGUUCAUCGGCAUGCCCGAGGACAUUGUCUCUCUGUUCGUCUCGGAGAAGAUCGAUGGGAGUUUGCUGCUGCAGCUCAGCGACGAGAUUCUCUCUGAGGACUUUAAGUUGAGCAAACUACAAGUGAAGAAGCUGAUGCAGUUCAUAAACGGGUGGAGACCCAAAAUUUAAACACUAGAUGCUGCUCCUCAGCAGGAAACUUGCCUUCAGUAUAAAUGCUAUGCACACUCGACACAAAGGUUCUCUCUUAAGUAUGCUUUGAUGGGGUCGCUUUUCUGGGGGAUUGUACACUUUAUGAAGUCAUGUGGCACUUUCACUGAUCCAUGUCGAAUGCUUAAAAGACACAAACAUUCAUGAGAAAAUCCCAGAGACAAAAAGACUUACCAAAAAGGGACACAAACCUCAAGAUGUUGGCCGACUACAGAGGUGUAAAGCUUUAAUCACAGAAAGGUCUGCUUUGAAAGCACGCUUUUCUCAAGUGUUCUGAAAUUUCCAUCUCAACUUCCUUCACCACAUGAUGAUGCAGCAGAUUCAGGAGAUCAUGAUGAAGUCCGAUGUCAGGUAGCCCUUCAAUGAACAUCAUGAAGUGAACACAAUCGUUUGACUAGUGGGGUGACAACGUUAUGGUCAACGCCAACCAAUCGUGGGGUGGCGAGUUUGUGUCCCUUUUCAUCACAUCUAUAACCCGCUCAAACAUCUUCCUCACCAUUUGAAUUGCUGAGUCAGGAAUAUAUUAAAAGGUCUUAUUGCAAGAUAUUCUAUUCUCUCCGACGAAGACAUCCUAGCAACGUUCUCUAUCAUCAUAAUCCAAAACAAAGCAUUAUGCACUUUGGAGUCUAAUCAAUGCAGUUGAUACAAAAGUAACACGUACCAGUGUAAUAAUGUAGUAAUGUAAGUUGCACUACACGCUUUUGAAGAAAAAAAAUGAAGUGGUACUGAGCUGUUUUUUUUUUAGUAUGACAUCGCAUUUGGGCCGUUGAAUUACAAAAUAAGUCCAGAGGUGACUCAAACUUUGAAUCAGGUGCCCUGCAACAGGAAGUGUAUUGGAAUUAAGGUCGCCUUCUUUGGUUGGUAUUACUUUGUCAAUUUUCAGUUAACUUUGUCUUUAAAUGUUCAGAAAAAAUCCUCUUCAAUCUCUACGGUCACAUGGUAGAAUAUCUGAGAUUUAAGUUUCCCAUUGAUAUAGUUUAAGUGCUUUGAUAUUAUUUCUGAUUAAUUUGUUUUUAAGGGAGAAGUUAUGAAUUAAGUAGGAAUUUAUUUUUUAAAUGAUCUUGUAUUAUUCUCAUAAUUUGAGUUAUAAAGUGAGUCUUAAACCCACAAAAGUUCAAAUGCUGAAUGAGUUUCAGGGCACCUUAUUCCAAUUCAAGUUUCAACGCCUCUUAUACGAGUCGUAUUUCUGCGCCUUAACCCAAAAACCUUUACUGACUUUUACGUUCUUUUAAAUUACUGUGACACCGUGUUCCUUGCCAAAUCACCGUGUUAGUUCAUGGACUCGGAUUGUAUCGGUACAUCUGCCCCUCGACUCGCUAAUUUAUGCAGAUUCUUUAUCUUGUUUGUAAUAUAGAGCUGUUUAACUGACAAACGAUGGUGCCUCUUCUGAACUGUUUUUGUUGUUUUUAUUGGGUUACCCCUGUCACUUUGUACAGCGGGUUGUUACAUAUUUUACUUGAUAUUUCUUUUGUAUUUCGUGUACAUUGUAAUGCAAUUUUUACUUAGUAAUUACUAAUGUUAAUUUUUUUACUGUCUAAAAAAUGCUUUUGUUCAAAUGCCUGUUGUAUGAUCUGGAUAUUCUGUUUGAGGGGGAAGGCUCUGAAUUGAAAUUACACCGGACAACACAAAGAAACCCCACCAUAUAUUAACAUAUUAAUUCUACACAGUGGCUGAUGGUGUUCUAUGCAACCGCUGUGGAUGAAGCAGCGUCAGGUGUGAUUAAUGACGUGAUGCUAACUAGUAUUAAAACGAUGCCAGUUUUAACUGAAAGGUCAGUCACACUACAGGCUUCCACAUCAGUGAACGAAAACAACUGUGACGCGGAGCUGAUCUGAGCGUCGGCGCCUCGGACCCAACAUGAAGUAUUGAUCCGACAGAAGCAGCAGAGCAACAGACUGAUGGUGUUUGGUGUAACUUUCAAUUUGUUUCCCUGUUGAUUGUAUCAUCUAUUAAAACCAAUUAACAAAACUGGCUGUUGCAGU